ACGACCUGGAGGCGCCCGUCGUCUUCGCCGGUUCAACCAUAACGCCGCCCGCUCUAAAACGCCCGAGACGGGAUACGGUGGAUACGUCCUCAGCGCCACCGUCGCCCUCACCAUCGCCAUCAUCGUCGUCCUCGUCGACGAACUCGUCGACGUCCGUCGUCGUCGUCCGCACCGUCGCGCCGCCCCCGCCUCAGCCACCGCCCCCAUUGCCUCCGCCGCCGCCGCCCCUGCCCCUGGCCCUGCCCCUGCCCCUGGCGCUGCCCCUCGGCCACCAGACAUCGGCGGUAACACGAAACAACAAGCACCAGCUACAGGGCAUCGCGACGGCGAACAACAACGUCGGCAACGAGAUCACCGGACGCAUCGUCAUGGACGCACCCCUGUCACAGAGCAUGGACUCCGUCAACACAGUCGCCACUGGCGAGGACGAGGUGCGCACCUUGUUCGUGAGUGGAUUGCCCAUGGAUGCGAAACCCAGAGAGCUCUAUCUGCUCUUCAGAGCGUACGAGGGUUAUGAAGGCUCUCUGCUGAAGAUCACCAGCAAAAACGGCAAAACAGCAUCGCCAGUGGGUUUCGUCACGUUUCACACGAGGGCUGGAGCAGAGGCGGCGAAACAGGAUCUGCAGCAGGGGGUUAGAUUCGAUCCUGAUAUGCCACAAACGAUACGUUUGGAAUUUGCAAAAAGUAACACAAAGGUUAACAAACCAAAGCAACCAGCCGCUGCAGCAGCCACCUCGCACCCUGCUCUGAUGCACCCUCUAACUGGACACUUAGGAAGCCCGUUCUUCCCCGGUGGACCGGAACUCUGGCAUCAUCCUCUGGCGUACUCGACGGCUGGUGAACUGCCAGGAACACUUCAGCAUGCGACUCUGGUUCAUCCCGCAUUGCAUCCUCAGGUCCCCGCGCCAAUGUCUCUGCCGCAUCCAACGACGCUGACGUCGAUACACGCGUCGCUCCCUCACUUCUUACCGUCGCCCGCUCUGGCGUCGCCAGUUGGUUCGUCGUCGUCGCAGCCAAACAUCGCCGUGAGCAAUGCGCCCUGUUCGACCCUCUUCGUGGCGAAUCUGGGCCAGUUUGUCUCCGAGCACGAGCUGAAGGAGGUCUUCAACAGUUUUCCUGGUUUCUGUCGGCUUCGUAUGCACACGAAGGGCGGCUCUCCGGUGGCCUUUGUCGAAUAUCAGGACGUUCGCUACGCGGCCCAAGCAAUGGCCACACUCCAAGGAUCCUUUCUCCUCUCCUCAGACCGGGGAGCGAUACGAAUCGAAUACGCAAAGUCUAAAAUGGCCGAGGUGGGCUUUACAAAUGUCUGGAUCGAAGGAUCAAAGGGAGAGGAGAAUGGGCAAUCUUAAGAUCGACGUCAACGGUAUGUGAGAAGAGUGGUACAGUGAAACGCAGAGAGGAUUUCAGCAAUGAUGACGUCACGGGUGGAUGGAAAAAUAGAAGAGAGAAGAAAAAAGAAUGCAACAAUGAAGAGCGACUUGGCGAAUGUGAUUUCGGUAUCAGUAGGGAAAUGGGUGUAAAAAAAAAAGUUGAAGAAUCAUUUGAAAUGCGGCGGCAUGGAAACUGCGAUAGAAAGUAUUUGGGGAUCAAUGAUAAAGACGGGAGCGAUAAUGAUUAGGAAUGAAAGAUGGCGACUGACCAAAUAGCGCGAUUCGCUAAUACGGCGGUGAUCCUUAAGCGCGGGUCCUAGAUAUAUUUUUUGGGACUUACCCUGUUAUUAUUAUUUUUGUCUAUUUUAUUAGACCCACGUCCUUUUCUGGGUACUUUAGGGAGGCUUCUGCUUAUAAAUGAUCUCUCGCUGAGUUCCUGGGCCCGAAGCGUCCAUCGAUUGGCCAGUUCUACUCUAAAGUACCACUAGAUACAAGCAGGGAGCAUAAUGGCGUUUUGCGUGGUAAAAGUGGACCCAGUGCAUGACGCGACGUGCGAAAAAGGGGCCCUAGAUAAAAUUUACCGUAUUUAUUGAAAGGCGGGCCCUAUGCGAGUGGCGUUAUGUUUAUAAUUAUUUAUUGUAAUAUCGUAUCGGACAUCAUUCCGUAGGAUCCGUAAAAGCGAAUAAACCGAUCGCGCCGCUUUCGCGUAUCGACGCAAGAUGGCGAAACAGGCGCACUGCACUUGCAGCAAUAGCGUUCGCCGGAAGUCGUGUAGAAUUUCGUUGGCAUGUAAAAAGGCACUGUUAAUGUCACGACACACCGCAAAUUACACACUUGUAUUACGAAUUAAUAGGUUAAAAAUCUUGUAUCUGGGGAGGGGCGACGACACAACGGGUAGGGUUGGGGAGGGGGGAGGGGAGGGGAUAAGAAAGAAGGAAAAAGGUCGAUGUAACAAAGACCGUGAUUUGUCGAGAAGGGUUGACGAAAGUUUUUUAUUGAUCGCGAAAGACUAGGUGAAGCUUUAACGUACACACGCAGGUGACAGCAGAGUCGCUGAAGUCCAGUUGGAAAAAUCGGAGUAGCUGAGGAGCUCUGCGAGGCGACGAGGAUUCACGAGGAGGGGGAAAAAAGUGGAGACGCGAAUUUUUUCAGUGUACGGCAAAUUUUGGAACUGUAAUGAGAUGGGAAUUUUGGGGGGUUGGGGAAGGGGUGGGUGGGUUUGAUGAACACAGCGCGCGUUAUUCGCCGCACUAAUAUAUACAUGUUUACGAACACGACGAACAAGCUUAAUACCAAAGGUGCCCUAAGAAGCGUGUAUUUAUGUUUCUCAUCAGCGUCGGGAUGACGGGGGUUAUUUCGUUAGGAUUGCGUUCUCGGCAAAGAGCUGCGUCACGAUCAGGGAACCGACAGAGUCGAAUCGUCUGUUUCGGGUGAAGACAGAAUUUCAGAGCGCAGGCUCACUAUUCGAAUGGCGAAACGAAGUUUGUCGAGUUUGGUAUUACGUAUCCCGACGUUUUAGGAAAAUUAAAAAAAAAUCAUGUAAGAAUGAAAUGAAAAAAGAAAGCUUAAGAGGUCAGGGUUGGAAACGGGAAUUAUGAAAUGGCGACGUGUGAAAAAUGAUUUAAAAAAAAAUAGAGCGGGCUGAACUUAUUAUAAAGAGGGGGGAAAAAGAGAGAAAAAUCCGUUAUCACGGUAAAGAAAGUGUUUAAUUAAUAUAACGAAUGUGAACAUAUCAUAGGGUUAAGUCGUAGCGAGAAAUUGUAAGUAAACUGAAACACAUACGGAGAUAAGUGCAGACAUACACACAGUAACAUAUUCACAUGUCAAGCUACUGACAGAGUUAAUGCGAUCUUACACCGAUAUACAGACACACGCCGAAGACACAGAUGAGAUAUAGAGAUAGAGAGAAACACAAAAACGCAAUUGUGCGCGCGAUAUUACAUGCGCAUGCGGGAACCAUGCGCCCCGUGUGAACUAGAACGGCGGCCAACUCGGCACAUAUUUUGCCCAAGUGCCUUCCUGUUGGUCUCGAGUCAUGCUAUGAAACUGUUUACCGUAAGUCACACAUCCUAUCGUCUAAUGUCAAUCCAGCCGCGCGGCCCGCAAGGACUUUUUUAAUCUCAAUCCGAUUUCUGCCGGAGCUUUAGAAAUCUUACCGAAGCGUGGCGCUACGGUGGCGCGAACAUCGAACUAACGGAAAUCGGACCGAGACUCGUGGUCAGCGAAUUGGGCGGCAUCACCGGCUGUUACCGUGGCGCGAACCAAUUGGCGAGCACGUCGACCAAUUUAUACAGGUGUGUGCUUCGCCCACAUGAUUAUCGCACGUUUAAUGUGAAUACGUAAAAUUCACGUGGUCGGGUAAAAAGUCACAUGAUAGGCGUAGCCCGAUAAGAUCCGCCGGGUAAUCGCGCGACUCAUCCAUCCGAAUGAGCAUUAAUUUACGUACCAGAGGACCUAUCCGUGCCGAUCACUGGGCAUUUGUUACACGCAUCCGCAAUUAAUAGCAAGAAAUAGAAAGAUGGGGGGAAAGAGUGAGAUGUAUGCGUACGUGCGUGUGUGUGUGUGUUUGCGAAGUAGGAUGGAAUUUUUUGUUUUAUUUUUAUUCUCACAAUCCAGCGAUUUUUAAUGUUCAAGUUGGUCACUAUUAACUUAUGAGAGCAUGUGACGUAAUUGGCCCCGCCCAUCUAUAAUCUAGACUCCGCCUUUACGGUCCAGUAGUCAUUAGCGUUGAUAAUCACUGGAUUGUAGUCUGAAACAUAAUGAUUGUUGAUACAUGUACUAUUUUGAUUUUUCAUAAUAACUACAGUUCUGUCAUCGAAACGCAAACUUUGACGUGUACUCGUGCAAAUGUGUCUCUGCGUAUACGGGAGUGCGUACGCGUGCGCUUGCGUGUAAGGGAGUAGUGGAAAUCGGAGAGGGAAGGGAUAGGGGUAUAAGACAGGAUGAAAGUGGAAUAGGGAAAGUUUGAGAAAAAAAAAAGUAAGAGUUUAUUAACUACAAUUAGUCGAAUUAAUGAAUAAUUAUUGAUAAUAUCGGUAGCAAUUGUAUUUAUCAUCGUAAUCCAUCGAGUCGUAGCUUAUACGACACGUCUCUACCUACGAUAGCGUAGCUGACACACUCGUAUUUUUCUAUUUUCGAGAAGAUAAAGGUCAGGACGAGGUCACGGGGCGUGUCCUGUAAUCACUGAGGAUAAUUUAAACUUUGAACCGCCCCCUGCGCGUCGUUUUGUAUCGACGGAAUGGUAAAUUCCUCAGUGAAAGUAAACUCAGCAGCGACUGCAGCGCCCUGUGAUUGCGAGGCUCCGGUAGCUUCGAUCGGUACAUAUCAGGUACACCGUUAGUAUAGUUAACAAGCGUUUAAAGUACUUGCCGUUUCGUGCGUUUCGCUCCUCCUAUUUAUCCGCUCAUUUCCCGUUAGCCCUUCCCGUUAGCUUGUUGCACCUCCCUUUCCCAUCAUUUGAACACGCCCCUUUUCCUUGCUUUUACGACUUACUAAUAAUAAGUCGUCAACGAUACCAACAAACGCACCCUGCAACCACGAAUCACGUACUUAAGUUCGAAACCUAUCAAAUGUGAUUAUAAAAAAAUGAUGGAAAGUAUAGCCUAAGUUCUAAUCCGAGUGAGGCCUUACUCGCGCUUCCCUUAACAUUUGGCACUUGGCAUCCACUUGGCUGUAUCGAAUUGAAUUUCUGGAGCGAUUCACGAUGAUCCAAGUAUCAAAUGAUUAACGGGAUUGACGUACAUGCGUAGUUUUGACAUCACGAUCGGUUCUCCGGUCCGAUCUAUCCCCGAUGGGUCACCCUAAAAAAAAUUUUCGAAUUUCGAUUGAUCGCUCAGCGUUUGGUUGGACCCUAAAUUCGCGGGGAAUUCGUGCAUCGACACGCCCUCUCAAAACUUUACAUAUCAAAGUACACGCCUACAGUUGUAAACGGACCGCCCAUUUACUGAGCAGCGAACCGCCCACUGACCGUGAUGAAUAUCAAGUCGAGGAUGUUAAAUCUACGCGACCCAAUUAACUAUAAUUAUUUCCUGUGUAUUAUUUCUUGAUAAUUAUCGUUACUACUUAAUCCAAUGGCCCAGCCUAUUAGACGUCGUCUCCAGCCCUGCCCCCCUUUGCCCCGAAAAUAAUGCGCGAUCGGUCCACUCAACGUUCGAGCGAGCGUGAACGCAAGGACACACACUUCGGCAGCGAAGUAAAAGUAAAUGUAAAUCGGCGAGAAAAUUGAAGGAAAAGAAAAAGAAGUUACAAAAAGAUACCAAGGAAACACGUAAAACGUAAGGGAGGAACAAUUGACGAGGAUAAACGAAAAGCUCGUUGAUUUUUCGAAUUAUCCCGACUUAAUGAGCGCGGACGUUCUAAUUCGAUACGACGAGUAUCUCUAGGUUGGAUUUAAAGUGCUUUACAAGUGAACUAACUCAUAUCAGUAGAUAGUAACGCUAUAUUAUAUAGCUAUAUAUAGUAUAUAUAUACAUAUAUGAGACUACAUAUGUAUAUAUAUACUUAACAGGUGGUAUAUAUAUGUAUAUACGUACACGGCAUAUAUAUAUACAUCUAUAUUAUACAUAGAGUGGUAUUCGCGUAAGAGUAUUUUAGGUUAAUAACGUAUUACAAGUGAUAAGGUUUAAUUGUUCGGGGGUAGUUAAGAGCGUCUAAACGAUGCGUUUCGCGUUUAACCGAAAACGACCGAAGACAGAGCGACGAUCAGCGACGACAACAGGAGCAAAUGAUAAACGUAGAACAAGCAACAGUAACAGAAACAAGAGAAAGUAUAGAAAUAACGUGCGUAACGAAGACGCGUUAAGAAAUUUUUUUUUUUUUUCAAAAAAAAAAAACACGCUAAUCGCUUAUUGUUUGCUCCGUCGUAGAGCCCUCUGGGACGUUUCUCUUUCUCAUAAUGAUUUUUGCAUUGCGGGAUGGGAAUGAAUUUUGGUCGCGAGAGCAAGUGAGGGGGGCGUGGAUGAGAAAUUCUAUUGUCACGAUCACGACGAUUACGGUUAUCACCAAAGAUGUCAAUAUCGAUCCAAAGAUUUUUAAACGACCUCACGACACUUUGAUCUACGAGAGGAUCUAGCUUUUUAAUAAUUCACGUUAAUCCCGCAUGGUUAAUGGGAGUCGGAGGAAAAGUUCAACGAGUCCACGUGUUAUUGUGUAUCGACGUUAAUCGCUGUGCAAAUCCUGAAUGGGUUCACACUCCAUCCGUACUAUUGUUAUUUACAAUUAGACGAGCGCAAGUUGUUGAAAGAGGAUCGCGGGGAGGGGGGGGGGGAAUUGAAAUUGAAAAAAAAAGAAAGUAUUUUUAAACAGUAUCGAACCAAAAAGUUAACAGCAAGACUACGCGAGGAGCAGGAUGAACGAAUUAACGAAUUGUCAGCUUGAGGAUUGGAAUUUUAUUAUACAGAGAACGGAGGGACGAAAGAGCUUUUAUGGGAAAAAAAAAUUGUAUUUCAGUGAUAAUGUGACUUGAUAAAAUUAGUAGUUUUUUUUUUGCGAUGGGACUCUGAGUGAGACUGUGUGAUAAGGUGACGGGAAUGUAAUGUAAUCUCGAACGUGAAUACGUGAUGUUCACAGGACGGAAUCAUGUUAAAACGUACGUUUCGCUUGGAGAGGAGAUUGUCGCGUAGGAGCUUUUUUGAUUUUUGAUUUUGUUUUCGAAGCUGCUGGUUUACUUUGAAACUUUUACCCUGGUCAAUUUUUACCUAGGCGCUCCUACCCUUCGGGUUAUGCUCGACAAUUUUUUCACGAUAUAAAUCCAAGGUAAAGCGGAAAGUGAAGGUAGAAACGAAAGAUGCAUAAUUUAAGGUAGAAAGAAAAAUCGGUUCUCGAGAUCCCGCGAGUAUGUUAAACAUAUGCGCUAUCGUGAAAACGUAUGUGAAAACUCUCAUUUUAGCUACAUAGGUAAAAGCAUCGGCAGCUUUCAGUGUGAAAUUUAUUGUGAUAUUUAUGAGAAAAUGAAAAAUGAAAAAAAAAGAAUUUUGAAGCUCGUUAAGACACACACGUACACACACUCAUACGUCCAUGUCCACGCAUACAGCCAUAGGCGGUUACACAUAUACUUAGGUCUGUGCGUAGAGUGACGUCACAUAUGUUACGAGAUAUCGAAGAAGCGAACAUCCUCCCCCGCACCACCCACCCACCACCCACCUCCAACAAAACAAUGAACACGUGGAAAGUGAAUGAAUGGAAAUGUAUAGAUAUACAGACGAAGUUAAUAAAAAUAAAAAGAAAAUCGUAGCGGCACGAGUGGGUGGGGUGGGGGUGAGAAUCACGUGGGGGGUGUUCUCUUUUUAGAAAUUUGGGAGGGGGGCGGGAUGGGUGGUGAUUAAAGAGUGGGAAGAAGCGGGUUUUCGAGAUGCGAUAAUUAAACGAUUAUUAAUCUAAUUAUAGUGAGUGAAUUAUUGUGAAUCCAGUGAAUGGCGGGGCUUGAGUAGAAAAUCGUCCCCGCGUUAUUUAUAAAUUUUAUUAUUCCUUUUUUUUUUGCGAUUGACAAUUCACGUGAGUGUACGUAACGAUUUACUUUCCCCUUUGCUUUCUUACCUUUGAUAUUCAUUAUUUUUAUGGUACCGAUCAUCAUUCUCCACGUGUUCCAAUAUUCCUUUAACCGUCCACUGUUCCGUAAGACGUUUCUAUGUGUACUCUUGUGUAGUCCGGCUCGUGCGAAUUUGAAUUCGGCGAUAUCACAGCUCAAGAGUAUGAUUUUGAGGCUGUCCACCAUUUUUUUUUUUUUUUUCGAUCAACAUUCUCCUUGUUCCCCUCUUUUCAUUUUAUUUUUUUACCUUUUUUUUUUUUAAUUCGUUCGUUUCUCGCACCGGGUUACGACAAUCUGAGGCCUCGUCAAGUGCUGCCGGAAGUGCGCGGGACACCUUUCGAGAGUCGACGAAGCGUCCACCGGAAGUCCACUGCUUUCUGAACGAGGAAGGUUAUGGCACGUGGCCACACACGCGAGACCACUUUUUGGAACCGCAAGUGACAGGUGGAAAUGACGUGGGAUAAUCGUAAAAUGUGUGGGAAAAGUAUAAGGGAGGAAGUGGAGAUGGUAACGAAGAGAGGAAUUAAUAUUUGUUCUUGAGGAAGACGCAAAUGAUUCUCGAAAUGUCCCGUGGACAACCGGAUUAAUCCGUCCAUAAAACGUGUCUCGCCUGGGAGACAUGGCUGCACAAAAGAUAAAAAAAAAACGAUGAAAGAAAGAAAGCGGAAAAGCGUACUUUGUGCAUAUUAAUCAUUGGGACUACAAAAACAUAUCAUCAAUAUGUAAUUUAAAUAUAAAAGAAUAUUAAGCAAUAAGAUUUUAUUUAUAUGCCCUCGUAAGUCAAGAAUUUUAAGUAUAUAUAUAUAUAAAUAUAUAAGUAUUAUAAGUAUAUAUAUCAUAUAUACAAUAUAUGUAUGUAUAAUGUAUGUAUAAUAUAUAUAUAAACAUGCAUAUCAUAACGUGUGUCUCUGGGCAAGGAUCUUAGCUUAAAAGUCUAUAAUCUAUUACUUCGUCGUUGUCGAGGCGUUAAUGUUACACUUAAUUACGAUUAAAUUAAUUAUUAGAUUGUGAAAGAAUUUCUUCAGGUUCUAAGCGAGAUUUGGAAAUAAUAAAAACCAGCGAAAUACGUAACUUCAGA